CUCCAAUGGCGUCUCCGCCAAUGCUCUAUUUUCUUAUCAGUCAAGAAACUAUUACUCACUCUUAAUUCACUUCUUAUUUAUGCAUCAAAACCACGAAAUAGACCUUUCUAAUUAAGUAAUUAAAAUCUCUGUUGAGAUUAUGGCAAAAAAUUGUGCAUCCUGGAUUUCAGCCGCGCUAACCUACGCUGCCUUCGGCGUCGACGAAGCCCACGCAGAUGGACGCCCCAGUUUUUUGCCAUUCUAUAAUUCGCCUCCCGCGGCUGAGUCGGAGACUCCUGAGCCAGCGGCAGACGAGCCACAACGGGUUCGCAAUAAUAAUCCGAGAACGACUUCAGCCGGAUUCGACCCGGAGGCUUUGGAGAGGGGCGUCGAUGCUUUGAAGGAGGUUGCCAGCUCUCAGCAUGGUGCUAAGAAGGCGUUUGAGUUUAUGAAAAAGCGAGAAGAAACGAAACUGCAAGAAUUAAGCUCAAAAGCUACGGAAUUCAAGACAAUUCAAGCUCAAGCCGAAUCUGAGAAACAAUCAAUAGUCCACCAUGAGCAGAAAAAGUUAGCUCAACAAAAAGCAGAAAUAAAAUCACAGAUGGCUAGAUACGAAGACGAAUUAGCCAGGAAAAGAAUGCAGGCAGAGGGUGAACACCAAAGGGGUAGAAAUCAAGAACUUGUAAAAAUGCAAGAGGAAUCGGCUUUGAGGCAAGAGGCUGCUAGACAAGCAAGCGAGGAACAAAUUCAAGCACAGCGUCGUCAAACUGAAAGAGAGAAGGCUGAGAUAGAACGUGAAACUAUUAGGGUCAGGGCUAUGGCUGAAGCAGAGGGAAGAGCCCAUGAGGCCAAGCUUGGAGAGGAUGUCAGCAGACGAAUGCUAGUUGAACGUGCAAAUGCAGAACGAGAGAAAUGGGUUGCUACUAUUAACACAGCAUUUGAUCACAUUGGAGGAGGGUUACGGGCUAUUUUAACGGAUCAGAAUAAGAUGGUCGUGGCAGUGGGAGGGAUAACAGCUCUAGCAGCAGGUGUUUAUACGACAAGAGAGGGUGCAAGGGUGGUUUGGAGUUAUGUGGAUCGAAUCUUAGGACAACCAUCCCUGAUUCGAGAAUCUUCACGGGGUAAAUACCCAUGGUCUGGGCUGUUUUCACACGGCAUAAGCACCCUUUACGGAGGUGCUAAGACAGGUUCUGGCUCACAAGCCAGAAAAGGUUUUGGGGAUGUUAUCUUACAUCCUCGCCUACAGAAACGGAUUGAGCAUUUGGCUAGUUCAACUGCACAUACAAAAGUUCAUAAGGCACCAUAUAGAAACAUGCUCUUCUAUGGACCACCAGGAACCGGGAAGACGAUGGCUGCUAGGGAGCUUGCCCACAAAUCUGGACUUGACUAUGCACUGAUGACUGGAGGUGAUGUUGCGCCACUGGGCUCUCAAGCUGUAACCAAGAUACACCAGAUGUUCGAUUGGGCCAAGAAAUCUAACAAGGGUUUGUUGCUUUUCAUUGAUGAGGCAGAUGCCUUCUUGUGCGAGCGGAAUAAAACCUACAUGAGUGAAGCUCAGAGGAGUGCUCUGAAUGCACUCCUGUUCCGUACGGGAGACCAGUCCAAGGAUAUAGUCCUUGCUCUUGCAACGAACCGCCCUGGUGAUCUUGAUUCAGCUGUUUCAGAUCGUAUCGAUGAAGUCCUGGAAUUUCCUUUACCCGGUGAGGAUGAGCGUUUCAAGUUGCUUAACUUGUACCUGGAUAAGUACAUAGCACAAGCAGGGGCAAGAAAGCCAGGACUAUUUGCCAGGUUAUUCAGGAAGCAGCAAAAUAGAAUAGAGAUACAAGGACUCAACGAUGAAAUCAUUAGGGAAGCUGCAGCAAAGACUGAAGGCUUUUCUGGAAGAGAAAUCGCCAAGCUUAUGGCGAGCGUUCAAGCAGCAGUGUAUGGUAGUGAGAAAUGUGUGUUGGAUUCCGAUCUGUUUCGGGAGGUGGUGAAUUACAAAGUUGCAGAGCAUCAUCAAAGAAAGAAACUAGCUGGAACUGAAGAGAACCUAACCAAGUCCACCCUUUGAUGGUUUUUGUGUUGAAAUUAAACAUGAAUCAUAUGAUUCUUUUUCCUCUAAAGCGAGGAAGUUUUGGUGUAGCUUAGCUUAGCAUCCAUUGGCAACAUUGCUUAUAUACAGUGCUUGCACCAAUAAUGAAAUCAUUGUAUCAUUUUUUU